UUCUUGGUUUCCUAUACCCUUUCAUUCUAGCCUGCGUGUAGCCGUACCAUCCCUCCAAAGAAGUAUUUUCCGUUUCUCCUUGGCGGGGGGAAGGUAAGGCUUUACGUAGGCUCUUCAUUAAAAACAAGAUGGCGGUUCGAAUCCUAGCGUUUGGUAAUAGUUUGACGGAAGGUUGGUGCGAAUUUGGGACUAGAUUCCAUCCUUAUACCCUUAAACUGCAAAAUCUUAUAGAAUCCGAGUGCAAGACAGAAUCUAUUGAUAUUGUAAACAGGGGCGUGAGCGGUGAAACCAUUGACGAAAUGAACGCUCGACUUCCUGAGGUUUUGGACGAGGGUGGCCCGUUCGACAUAGUGAUCAUCCUGGGAGGCACAAACGACCUUGGCAUGCGUCUUGAUGAGAACGGAGAGCCUUUAUUCAGUCGUUUGAGAUCGCUGCACGAGCUAGCUCUUCGACAUUCUCCUCUAUCAGUGGCUGUGACUGUCCCGGAAACCGGUUACGAAACUAUGGAUGGGUACACUGUCGUCAGAGAGAAACGAUUGCAAGUGAACGCGCUUUUAAAGAAUUUUGUACAACAAUGUGGAAGUAAAAUGCUUGUCUCCGACCUGGCUACAAAGUUACCGCGGGAAUCGCUGAGUGAUGAGGAUCGUAGAACACUUUGGGCAGAUCAUCUUCAUUUUUCUCCUGCGGGAUACGACAGAAUGGGUGAAAUAAUAUUUGAGGAUAUAAGGCAUUGCCUUUCUAAAACUUUGAACGCAUGA